GUAUGAUCUCGAGCUCAGUACAGCACAGCACAGCCAGCCAGCUUUCUGCUCUCAACUCAAUGACGAUAGAAUACCGCGCAUACAGACCACCGGCGGCGUCUGACGACCCGACACAAAAGUCCGAGGAGAAGGACUUGACGGCGAUCCAGAAUCUGAUAGACCAAGUCCUGCAAGAGCCCUACGGGAUUUACGUCUACCGCUACUUCAUAUACCAAUGGCCACAUCUCUGCUUUCUCGCUCUAGAGGACGGCAAUGUGAUUGGCGUUAUUGUAUGCAAGCUUGAUCCACAUCGGGCAGUCAGGAUGAGAGGCUACAUAGCGAUGAUUGCGGUCGUGACAAGACUACGCGGGAAAGGGAUCGCGAGCCAGCUGCUUUCGCUGGCGGUGUCAAAGAUGAUUGAGCUCAAGGCGGACGAGAUCGUGCUGGAGACAAGGACAGAUAACGAGGCUGCGCUGCGGUUGUAUGAGCGGCUGGGAUUCGUGAGGAGUAAGCGCAUGCAUCGGUAUUAUCUGGACUCGAGCGAUGCGUAUAGACUUAUCCUGCCGCUGACGGAGGAGAGUACGAUACGAUCUUGUGUGCUCGCUAGUGAGGGAGCGAGUGCGCCGAAUGAGCAGGACAAUGGGAUGUAUGUCUAAAUGUGUAUCGAGAGCCGGAUAGUAGGAUAGACUAGAAAUGGGUUUGGUUUACGGUGUACAGCAGGGCUACAG